AUGUCGAAAUCGUUUGACGACUUUGUGAAGCAGCAACAGGCUCAACAAAAGCCAAAAACUUUUGGAUACAGAAAUGCCAAUGCUGGUGGGCAGCAAUAUAACUUCAACAACACAUUCGUACCAGGACAAUUCCAGCAACAACAGUACCAAGGUUAUCAACCAUAUCCAGGACAACAGUUUCAAGGACAACCAAACCAGGGAUACAAUCAAAACAGAUAUUACAACAAGCCUUCGCAGAGUAAUCAAAGCUCAUCUGUCGCAUCACCUAUUGACUCUCUUCCUACCAGUGGUAGAAGCACACCAAAUCCAAAUGCUUCAACAACGUCUUUAACUUCUUUGAACACUGCACUUUCAAAAUUAAAUGUUGAUGUACCAUUUCAUGAGAACUUGACGAAUAUAGAAAAGGCAAGCAAGAUCGGUGAAGUCAAAACCGAAGUGAAUUCUAUUGUGGCCCAAAUUGCUGAACAAAAUGACUUGUCAAUUAUCAAUGAAUGGAAGUUGAAUGAUAUCUUGAAGUCAUUAUUGAAACCAAAAAACUCACCAUUGGUAAAAGAAGGUGCAUUGCUUAUUAUUCAGCAACUGGCAGUUCAAUUUGGUGGACAAACUCCAAAGGAAUGGCUUCUUUUGCAAUUCUUUGCAACAGCAUACGACUUGUUUACGGAUAAAGACAAGAAUGUAAUCAAGGCAGCCAAGUCUGCUACCGAUGCAUUGUUUGGAAUUUACCCAGUUGAAGCUUUAGGCUCAGUGGUAUUGGAUGAAUACUUGUCAAUCUUCAAGUCAGGCGCCAAGUGGAACUGCAAAGUUGCAGCUUUGGAAAAUUUCAAUAAAAUCAUUGACACUGUACCAGCUGAUAUUUUGGAAUUGAAAUUUGUCGAUGUGGUACCAGUAUUGACUGAUUUGUCCACUGAUUUCAAACCCGAAUUAGCAAAAUCUGGUUUGGCUACGUUGAAAAAAUUUGUUAAAGUAUUGGAUAACUUGGAUUUACAGAACAAGUAUGAUUUGAUUGUUGAUACCUUGGCUGAUCCAAAACAAGUACCUGAGUGUAUCAAGAAUCUUUCGUCAGUUACUUUUGUCGCCGAAGUUACAGAACCAGCAUUAUCUUUGUUAGUUCCUAUCUUGGACAAGUCAUUGAAAAUGUCAUCCUCUUCAAACGAACAAUUAAGACAAACUGUUAUGGUGACUGAGAAUUUAACCAGAUUGGUCAACAACAAAAGAGAGAUUGAAACAUUCAUCCCAAUUCUUUUACCAGGUGUCGAAAAAGUUGUCAAUAAUGCAUCCUUACCAGAAGUUAGGGAGUUGGCUGAUAAAGCAUACAAAGUGUUGAAGGAUGCAGAAGCAGAGCAGACGGAUGGUAAGUUCCAUGGUAGAAUAAGUUUGAAGGAAGCAGAAAACUUUUACACUGAAAAUUUACCAGAAGGAGUAGAAGCACCAUCUUGUGUUAAUAGCAAUUACUUGGAGUACCUUGGUAAGGUCUUUCAAGUUGAUGCACACGUCAAUGACUGGAAGAGGUUAUCAGAAUACUUGAUAAUGAUAUCCAAGGACGAAAAAUAUGCUCAAGCAGUCACUGCCAAUGUCAAACACUUAUUCAAUCCGGAAUCGACCCUGGAUGGUACAAACGAUGAUGGUGCAAUUGAAAUCGUCAAUGCUGAUUUUUCAUUAGCAUAUGGAUCACGUAUGUUGUUGAACAAAACAAACUUGAGACUUUUGAAAGGACACAGAUACGGUUUAUGUGGUAGAAAUGGUGCUGGUAAAUCCACCUUGAUGAGAGCUAUUUCUAAAGGUCAAUUAGAAGGGUUCCCUUCUGCUGAUGAAUUGAAGACAUGUUUUGUUGAGCAUAGGUUGCAAGGAUCCGAAGCUGACAUGGACUUGGUUAGUUUCAUUGCUUCUGAUCCUGAAUUGGCCAAUGUUCAAAAAAAUGAAAUCAAAUCUGCAUUGUUUGACGUUGGAUUUUCAGAAGAGACAUUGGUGAAGAAUGUAGGAUCUUUAUCGGGUGGUUGGAAGAUGAAAUUGGAAUUGGCCAGAGCAAUGUUGAUGCAUGCAGAUGUUCUAUUAUUGGAUGAACCUACAAAUCAUUUGGAUGUUGGAAAUGUCAAAUGGUUGGAACAGUAUCUAGUUGAUCAUACUGAAAUUACAUCAUUGAUUGUUUCUCAUGAUUCCGGAUUCCUUGAUGCUGUGUGUACCGAUAUCAUCCAUUAUGAAAACAAGAAAUUAGCAUACUACAAAGGUAACUUGUCAGAAUUUGUCAAGGUUAAACCAGAGGGAAAAUCAUACUAUACAUUGACUGAUUCCAACGUCAAGAUGGCUUUCCCUCCACCUGGUAUCCUCACUGGUGUCAAAUCAAACACCAGGUCAGUUGCUCGUAUGUCUAAUGUGACAUUCACUUACCCAGGAGCUGCCAAACCAUCUUUGAACAACGUUUCUUGUUCAUUGUCAUUGUCUUCAAGAGUUGCCAUCGUUGGUCCUAAUGGUGCUGGUAAAUCCACAUUGAUCAAGUUACUCACUGGUGAAUUGAUCCCAGCUGAGGGUAAAGUUGAAAAACAUCCAAACUUGAGAAUUGGGUACAUUGCCCAACAUGCUUUGCAACAUGUUGAACAGCAUAAAGAAAAAACCGCCAAUCAAUACUUGCAAUGGCGUUAUAGAUUUGGUGAUGAUCGAGAAGUUUUAUUAAAAGAAUCAAGAAAGAUUUCUGAUGAAGAGAAAGAAAUGAUGGAAAAGGAGAUUGAUAUUGGAGAUGGUAGAGGUAAAAGACAAGUUGAAGCAAUUGUUGGUAGACAAAAGUUGAAAAAAUCUUUCCAAUAUGAAGUCAAAUGGAAGUACUGGUUACCUAAAUACAAUUCUUGGGUUCCUAGAGAAACGUUAUUAAAUGAGGGAUUUGAUAAGCUCAUACAGAAGUUCGAUGAUCACGAAGCUUCAAGAGAAGGUUUGGGAUACAGGGAAUUGAGUCCUAAAGUUAUUCGUAAACAUUUUGAAGAUGUUGGUUUAGACGGAGACAUUGCUGAUCAUACCCCAAUGGGUUCAUUAUCUGGUGGUCAAUUGGUCAAGGUGGUUAUUGCUGGUGCAAUGUGGAACAAUCCUCAUUUAUUGGUUUUGGAUGAACCUACAAACUAUCUAGACCGUGACUCUUUGGGAGGUUUAGCUAUCGCAAUCAGAGAAUGGUCCGGUGGUGUCGUUAUGAUUUCACACAACAAUGAAUUUGUAGGAGCUUUAUGUCCAGAACAAUGGCAUGUUGAAAAUGGACAAGUUAUUCAAAAAGGUACCAUUGCUGUUGACUCACAAAGAUUUGAAGAUGGAGGAAGCGAGUCUGCUGAAGGAUCACCUGCUCCAGAAGUCAAGAAACGUGCUGAUGAUGAUGAUUCACCAGCUAAUAUUAAAGUUAGAACUAGAAAGAAGAAGAUGACCAGAAAUGAAAAGAAAGCCCAAGCUGAAAGAAGAAGGUUAAGGUAUAUUGAAUGGUUGAGCUCACCUAAAGGAACACCAAAGCCAGUUGACACUGACGAUGAAGAGGAAUAG